UCAUUCAGCUAACGGGACGUGGGUGAGGCACGGAACUUGGUACUUUUUCGGCUCUCGUGUUCAUGCAGAACUGCGUUAUUUAAUCUUGUUUUUAUACAAACGCUCCUAUAUUAUGACAAUGAUAUGUGAAACGGUUUAGCUAGCAGCGGAAUCUGAGGUGAACGUGCGGUUUGUUCCAACGGUCGCUGACGUCAGAGAUGAAACUUUAGCCGUUAGGUAGGUUCUUACACCGUUCUAACCGAGUACCGCUCGUUCAUCUCGUUAAAUUAACAGAACGCCAGAAAAUAAAUGCAGAGCGACAAGCCGGAGCCGACCGAAGCCAAUGGCGCCGAGGGUCUGGGCACAAGUGGCGCUGAGGAGAAAGCGUUAAGUAAGGUGAGAGCAGCAGAAGCCACCAAACCCAAAGGGAUCAGCGCCGCGGCGGUGCUGUGGACCUUCGGGAAAUGCCUCAGCGCCUUGCUCCCCGUCUAUCUGGCCGGGUACUAUCGGGUCAGCACCAGCCUGCUGGUGUGCGGCAUGAUGGUUUACACGGGAUGGAAACAUGCCCGAGAGGCGAAGGAGGAGCGCCUCAGGUCGGCUAUGCAGCUGCUCGACAACGACGAGGAGUACACAUCCAUGAAAGCGUCCAAAAGCAUCAGGAGAGACCUCCCUGCGUGGGUAAACUUUCCAGAUGUGGAGAAGGUUGAAUGGCUGAAUAAGGUACUGCAGCAGGUGUGGCCCUUCGUCGGCCAGUACCUCGAGAAGCUGCUGAUAGAAACAAUCGCUCCGUCUAUCCGAGGUUCAAGCGCUCACCUCCAGACGCUCAGCUUCACCAAAGUGGACAUGGGAGACAAGGCCAUGAAGGUGGUGGGCAUUAAGGCCCACACAGAGAACAACAAAGGACAAGUUCUGCUAGACCUCUACAUCAGUUACGUUGGAAAUGUGGAAAUCAACGUUGAAGUGAAAAGAUACUUCUGCAAAGCUGGAGUCAAAGGAAUACAGCUACAUGGGAUGAUGCGAGUGAUUCUGGAGCCUUUGAUUGGAGACGUUCCCAUAGUGGGUGCAGUCACCAUGUUUUUCAUCCGUCGGCCUAAACUAGACAUCAAUUGGACAGGACUGACCAAUUUAUUGGACAUUCCUGGACUGAAUGUUAUGUCAGACAGCAUGAUCAUGGACGCCAUUGCUUCGUUCUUGGUGCUGCCCAACCGUCUUGUUGUCCCACUGGUCCCUGAUUUGCACGUGGCUCAGCUGCGCUGUCCCCUACCCAGGGGUGUGGUGCGCAUCCACCUGCUAGAAGCGCAGAAUCUGGAAGCCAAAGAUAACUACGUUAAAGGUGUCAUGGCUGGCUUAUCUGACCCGUAUGCCAUAUUAAGGGUGGGGCCUCAGACCUUUACCUCCAAACACAUCGAUAAUACCGACUGUCCCAAAUGGGGAGAGAUGUAUGAGGUUAUUGUCCAUGAGGUGCCGGGUCAAGAGCUGGAGGUGGAGGUUUAUGACAAAGACACAGACAAAGAUGAUUUCUUGGGAAGGACCAAAUUAGAUCUGGGCAUUGUGAAGAAGUCCAUAGCUGUGGAUGACUGGUUCACUUUGAAAGACACUUCAUCUGGACGCGUUCACUUCAGACUGGAGUGGUUGGCCUUGCAGCCCAACACUGAACAGCUUGAGCAGGUCCUAAAAAGGAAUGAAAGCGUCAGCAGCAAGAACUCCAACUCCCCCUCUUCAGCAAUCUUGGUUUUGUACCUUGACAAAGCUGAGGCACUUCCCAUGAAGAAGGGAAAUAAGGAGCCCAAUCCCAUGGUGCAGAUAUCUGUGCAGGGAACCACAAGAGACAGCAAGACUUGUUACACAACCAUCAACCCAGAAUGGGAAGAAGCGUUUACCUUCUUCAUCCGAGAUCCUCGCAGUCAAGACAUAAGCAUUCAGGUGAAGGAUGCUGACCGCGUGCAGACUUUGGGCAGUUUGUCCAUCCCUCUCUCCCGCGUCCUGGAAACUUCUCAUCUUUCUCUAGACCAGUGGUUCCAGUUGGAAAACUCUGGAACAGCGAGUCGCAUCUACAUCAACGCAGUUCUGAGGGUGUUGUGGUUAGAUGAAGAUCAUAUUUCAGCUGAAGUCUCUUCUAAUUUGGAAGCUGGUUUUUCUAAACAGUUGGCCAAGCAGGCCUCCCCUCAUCCCAGCUUUGCCACAGAGGGACUGCUUCGAAUUCACCUACUGGCAGGUCAGAAUCUCGUUCCAAAAGAUAACCUGAUGGGUGGAAUGGUGAAAGGCAAGAGUGACCCAUAUGUCAAGAUCAACAUUGGGGGCGAAACAUUUACAAGUCAAGUUAUAAAGGGCAAUCUGAACCCAACCUGGAAUGAGAUGUAUGAGGUUAUUCUGACCCAGCUCCCUGGUCAGGAGCUGCAUGUGGAGAUGUUUGACAAAGAUAUGGACAUGAAGGAUGACUUCAUGGGGAGGCUGAAGAUAAGUCUGAAGGACAUCAUUGGCUCUCAGUACACCGACCAGUGGUACACUCUCAGCGAUGUGAAGACUGGUCGAGUUCAUCUGGUCCUGGAAUGGGUUCCGACAUCUUCAGAACCAGAUGGAUUGGAAAAGGUCCUUCAAUUUUACUCCAGACAGUCCUACCAAAACAAGACAGUGCCCUCAGCAGGGCUUCUGUUUGUGUUUGUCGAACAAGCAGAUGGCUUACCAGUAAAGAAGAGUGGAAAGGAUCCAAAAGUUGGAGUGGAGUUAAGUCUUGGAGAAAUGUCCCGUAAAACUACAGUGUGUGAUCGCACAACCUCACCUAAAUGGAACGAAGCAUUCUGCUUCCCUGUUCGGGAUCCAAGGCAGGAUAUUCUUUUACUUAAGCUCUCUCACAGCUGGACCCUACCUAUUGGUUCUCUGAUUGUUCCUAUCAGAGAGUUGCUGGCUGAACCAGACCUGGUCUUGGAUCAGUGGUUCAGUUUGGAUGGAGCCUCACCUGAGAGUCAAAUCCUGUUAAGGACCGAGCUUAAGAUGUUGAUUCCUACCAAAUGUCCUGUUGCCACUGAAAAGGCUAAAGUCUCUGUAGUUCCAGACCCUUCUCCAGAGAAGCGCCAGCCGGAGACAGACACAAUCCUCAGGUCAACUUCAGUGGACACUCCUCCUGUGGAGACUAUUGUUCCCUCGGUGCUUUUGGAUGAGGAGGUUCAUGAAGUAAAGAAAAGUGCAGUUGAUGUGAAGGAACAUAAAGUGGAAGACUCACCAAGCCCGGCUGUAACACGACCCCCUCAUACAUCCCCAGACCUCACCUUUGCCAGUGAGGGACUACUAAGACUCAUCCUGUUGGAGGCUCAGAGUUUGGUUGCUAAAGAUAAGAUUAUGGGUGGUCUGAAGAAAGGCAAAAGUGACCCCUACGCAAAGAUCAACGUGGGUGAGGUCAUAUUUAAGAGCGCUGUGGUGAAGGAAAAUCUCAACCCAGUCUGGAAUGAGCUCUAUGAGGUGGUGCUGAGGCCACAGUCAGGGCAGCAGGUACAGGUGGAACUGUUUGAUAAAGAUAUGGACCAUGAUGACUUCUUGGGCAGGUUAAAAAUCAGUGUUUCAGACAUUAUCCGUUCCCAGUUCAUCGAUCAGUGGUACACCCUGAAUGAUGUGAAGUCUGGGCGUGUUCGUCUCAUACUGGAGUGGGUCCCAACAGUGUCCUGCAAUGACAACCUGGAACAGGUGGUGCAGCUGCAGUCUCUCCAGUCUUACCACAACAAGGCUGUUCCCUCUGCAGCACUGCUCUUUGUUUACAUGGACAGAGCACAUCUGUUGCCUUUUAAGAAGAGCGGGAAGGAGCCCAAAGCUGGAGCUGAGCUUGUCUUUGGGAACACAACUCACAGAACCAAGGUUUGUGAUCGCUCCAGAUCGCCACAGUGGAAUGAGGCGUUCCACUUCUCGGUUCAUAACCCCAGCAAAGAGAUGCUCAUAGUGAAGUUAUCCAGUGCAUGGGACCAGCCAAUGGGAUCUCUGGUGCUCCCUGUGAAGCAGCUGCUCUCUGAACCUCAGCUAGUUCUGGACCAGUGGAUGCAUCUGGAUGGAGCCUUACCUGAAAGCCAAAUCCUCCUCAGGGCUGAGCUGAAGAUCCUUGACACACGGUUGACAGAAGUUCCACAGACAUCUGUAGCUGCUUCAAAAGAAGAAAUUAGAACCGCUACCACUGAGAAGAUACUCAAACCAGCUAAAGAGGUGGAAACAAGGCCAAACUUGGCAACAAAUGACUCUCCUGUGGUGUCAAUCCAAUCUGCACACCCUGAAGCGACACAUGAUAAACACCAUUCCCCUGCACAGGUGGAAGAACCAGUAUAUGAAGAAGAGCCAGAAACUGAGUCACACUAUGAGGUUGAAAGAGACGUGGAGCCACAGGAAGUCCACAUUGAGGAGACAGGCUUAGGAGGUCUUGCUCAGGCCACAGUCACAGGUCUACCCUUUGACCCAGCCCCAUCAGCAAAGGUCACAGAAAUGCCCAAAGUGGGUCCCAGUCUUCCACCACACACAGUGCCGGGUCAGAACUUUGGUAAAGAGGGGGUGCUGAGGAUCCACCUGCUGGAAGCCCAGAAUCUCGAAGCAAAAGACAACCUAAUGGGGGGCAUGGUGAAGGGCAAGAGUGAUCCUUAUGUCAAAAUCAACAUUGGGGACGUUGCAUUUAAAAGUCAUGUUAUCAAACAGAACCUGAACCCAACAUGGAACGAAAUGUAUGAGGUAGUUUUGAGUGGACGCAGUGAUCAGAACAUCAAGUUUGAAGCAUUUGAUAAGGACAUAGAUUCAGAUGACUUCUUGGGAAGGUUCACGGUUAAGCUAACUGAGGUCAUCAGAUCACAGUACACAGAUCAGUGGUUCGCUCUGAAAGAUGUGAAAUCUGGACGGGUUCAUUUGAUUCUGGAAUGGGUUCCUACAGUGUCAAACUCAGCAAGACUAGAACAGGUGCUGCAGCUUCAAACUCUGCAGUCAUAUCAGAACAAAGCUGUUCCAGCUGCAGCUCUGCUCUUUGUCUACUUAGAGCGAGCGCAUUCACUACCAUUCAAGAAGAGUGGAAAAGAACCCAAAGCAGGUGUUGAGCUUGUUCUGGGUGAAACAACCCACAAAUCUAAACUGUGUGACCGGAGUACCGAACCUCAGUGGAAUGAGUCUUUCUAUUUCGUCAUCCAUGACCCCAAACGUCAGAUGCUUGUGGCAAAGUUGUCCAGUGGCUGGGACCAACCAAUGGGAUCUCUGGUGAUCACAGUUAAGGAGCUUCUUGCUGCACCACAGCAGGUGCUGGAUCAGUGGUUUCAUUUAGAUGGAGCCCUGCCUGACAGUCAAAUCCUACUGAGGGCUGAACUCAAGAUUCUGAGCUCCAGGAUGGUGGAAAUGAUUGGUUCAGGGACUCUGCCCUGUACUUCUCCUGCACCUGGAAAUGGGCAGGUGAAGUUGUCUCUGUCAUACGCCUCAAAGGAGAGAAAGCUUGUUGUGAUCGUCCAUGCCUGCAGAGGUCUGCUGUCCCAAAAUAAGGAUGCUGUUGACAGCUACGUCUCCCUCAUGCUGCUGCCUGACAAAAGUAAAGCCACCAAGAAAAAGACAGCGGUGAGGAAGAAAGACCUCAACCCAGAGUACAAUGAAAGGUUUGAGUAUGAUCUGCCUGAGGACGAGGCCAGAUUCAGGCGCCUCAGCGUGUCGGUGAAAAAUAACUCCGCCUCUUUCAGGAGCCGGGAUGUUAUUGGACAGGUCCAGAUUGAGUUGGCCCAGAUUGACCUGAAGUCUGGAAUCAUUGACUGGUUUACUUUGACUGAUGAGGCUGAAUAGCUGCCUUGCUCGCUCUCGUUGAGAGUUUAAUGACCCGCUGCUGCUGUUACACUCACUGAUGCCUUCUCUUUCCCACCUUUGCACCACUGCUGCAGUUUUACCUGCAUCCACCCAGUUCAUUGCGUUUUAACAUCAAGUACAGGUCCUUCUCAAAAUAUUAGCAUAUUGUGAUAAAGUUCAUUAUUUUCCAUAAUGUCAUGAUGAAAAUUUAACAUUCAUAUAUUUUAGAUUCAUUGCACACUAACUGAAA